CCCAAUGACCUCGAACGCACCACACUUCUUUAGCCCACAGCGCGUUGUGAUUGGUGGAGAGAGGGCUGACAAAAACAGCUUACGCCAUAUUUCAGUAGAACGACAAGAGCUUGAGACGUGUAAAAAAAUGCUUAAAUAACACCAAGAUGGCGCCAAUGGAUGCUGUUGAAGACGCGUCCUCGGUCGACGCCAAGGUACCGGGUACCAGCACCGCCGGCCCGCCGCGAAGCCCACCGUGCUCCAGCGAGAGGGACGCCCAGGUGAGGGACGUCCAAGCCGCCCUUCAGUCCCAGCUGGGGCCCUACGAGCGGCUGCUGACUUACCUGCAGUCGGUGCUGGUGUGGGAGAGACCCUUCCAGUGUGUGCUGCUCUACCUGCUGCUCAACGCGCUCUUCUGGUUCUUUGCGCUGACAUCGCUACGGCUGUUGUUCCUGCUGGCUUCCGGUCUCGCUCUGCUGGUCUGUGUCGACACCUGGAGGAACAAGAUCUGGCCCAAGCUUCGAGCUAAAAGCGCGGAUGAAUUCGAAAGCGAAAGCUUACAUGGUAUACGUUUGUGUAGCUGGGGCCUGGUGCAGCCCGGCGUACUCAGCGUGCCGGAGCUGUGCCACCACGUCGCCGAGGCCUGGGUCAGCGGGUUGGUUCUCGCAUCCAGCGCCUUGCAGUUCAAGCGACGCAACCCCGGCAAGUUUUGCAUCCUGACCUGCAGCCUCUUUUCCUGUUUGGCCACGACGGGACGCUACAUUCCCGGAUUGGUGCUCUCCUACUUAACCGUGUUGGCAAUGCUGCUGGCCCCUCUGGUGGCCUACCACAGGCUGUUUCAGCGUGUGCUCGUGAAGCUGGACCCGGUCCUGCAGCGGCUGGACUUCAGCGGUCACGGGUAUAUGAUGUCAAAGCCCUUGGACAACCAGUUCCUGCGCUUGCCUCUGCAUAGCGUCCUCUCGAGGGAAGGCAGUGACAGUGAGGAGGAGCUGGCGGAAUUCUGUCCAAAGUUUGACGACAUUGUAAUCACGAAGGAACUUGCUCUGACCGACUCGGAGCACUCCGAUGCUGAAAUUUCCUACACUGACAACGGAACAUUUAACCUAUCCAGAGGCCCCACGCCGCUGACAGAGGGCUCUGAAGAUCUGGACCGACACAGCGACGCCGAGGAGUCUUUCGCUCAGGAUCUCACCGAUUUCCCCUCCAUUAACCCCGACGCCACCCUGAUGGACGACGACGACGACACCAGCAUCGGUCUGCCUAGCCACCGUGCCUCCGUGCUGGAUGUGGACGCUCACCUGGACUCCGACCAGGACGAUCUGGACUCGGAAGUCUCCCUCAGCAGCCUGAUGCCCGCCUCCAACCUCACGGGCGACCUGGCCGGGGUCAUCGCCAGCAACAUGAUCCAGGCUGCGCUGGUGGGCGCCAUGCAGCCCCGACGCCCCGCCGCCCACCGCAGGCAAGCCCCACCGAGGGCGGGGACCCACCAUCGGAGCCACCGCAAACAGUCCAGCUCGGAGAUGGACACGGACUUGGACACGGAGGACUUUGAAAUGCUGGAUCAGUCCGAACUGAGCCAGAUGGAUCCCCUGGGAGAUGCUGGAGGACGGGGGCAGAGUCAGGGGUCCAACUUCCUGUCCAGCCUGCUGGGUAAACAACAGUAACAAAGUGUGUUUUUAGAAAUUCUAUUGUUUGAGUCUCGCCUUUCUAGUCAGCUUUAAUCACUGUGAACCCCCCCGUUCUUAUUCAUCAUCAGUCCUCCAGCUGAGCAACAGUAAAUAUUGAUAGAAUAAUCAAUAAGCAUCUUUUUUGAGCCAUGCCCUCAUCGCUUUCCAAGUCUUUCCCAAGGAGGUCUGGACAAAAGAGGGCUAUUUAUGAACUUUGGGACCAAAUCCCACAUUCCCAUUGCGCUCCCCACAUACAGCUUUUAUUUCUCAGCAAAAUAUUGCAUAACUUCCGCUGCUGAUUUGACUUUUUUAGUUAUCUUGCUGGUUUCCAAAGUUGAACUUGAUUCAAAUCUAAUUUUAGAUGACAAUCUUGUUUGGUUUGACACAUGUGAAAGAUUAUUUACAUGGACAGCUCAAUAAAUUAGAAUAUUGUGCAAAAGUUAUUUGAUUUCAUACUCUUAUAUAAAUACAGUACAGGCCAAAAGGUUGGACACACCUCACGCGUUUUGUUUAUUUUCAUGACUAUUUACAUAGUAGAUUGUCAUUGAAGGCAUCAAAACUAUGAAUACACAUGUGGAGUUAUGUACUUAACAAAAAAAGGUGAAAUAACUGAAAACAUGAUUUAUAUUCUAGUUUCUUCAAAAUAGCCACCUUUUUCGCCACUUACUUUUUCCCACACUCUUGGCAUUCUCGAGCUUCAAGAGGUGGUAAUCUGAAAUGGUUUUCACCUCACAGGUGUGCUUCAAGCUCAUCGAGAGAAUGCCAAGAGUGUACAUAGCUGUAAUCAGAGCAAAGGCUUUUUUGAAGAAACUCCAAUACAAAACAUGUUUUCAGUUAUUUCAUCUGUUUUGGUUAAGUACAUAACUCCACAUAGAUAGAUAGUACUUUAUUGAUUCCUUCAGGAAAAUUAAAAAUUCCAGUAGCAGUGUACAGAGUUGAGAUCAAUUAAACAGUAAAAAGUAAAUAAUGGGGUUAUAAUAGAAGCAAAAUGGAAAAUAUAACAAUGGGAUUAAAAAUAAAAAGCAACAAUGAGUAUAAAAAUAUAACAAGACAAACUAGGCAGUAGUGACCAUGUUAUGAAAACGUAUUGCACUGUUAUUGUUUCAUGUUACAUGUGUUCAUUCAUAGUUUUGAUGCCUUCAGUGAUAAUCUACAAUGUAAAUAGUCAUUGAAAUAAAAAAUGUCCACAUUUUUGGCCUGUACUGUAUAUAUACUUAUUAUAAAAUGUAAAAUUGUUUACAUUUUAUUAACAAUUCUUCAUUCUCAUGAAAUACUGAAUUUAGGGGGUUGUUAACGAUAAGCUUUAAACAUUCAGAAUUUUUAAAAUUUUUGUCCCUCUGUAGUGAAAUAGAAGAGUUUUGCUUUUGAAUUGGAAGUAGUGAAAGAAUUGUAUUUUUUUCUAUAUGAAGGUAUAAAAUAGUUAUAGUCUGUUAUCGUUAGUUUGAGGGUGAGAUUAUUUUUGCUGUGACUCGUUUAUCACUCAUGUACAGCAAGUAGUGUUCCAAUUGGUUUACAUAGCUAUUUUUUUUUGUUAUCUUG